UCACUCAUUAUUUAUUAAGAUCAUGAACACAAGUGAUAAUAAAAAAUGAACCGUACGUAUUUGUUAAUUUUAUCACUUAUUAUUUUUACAUAUACCUGCCAGUGUGAGUGUUACAAAUUCGGGAAUUCAAGAAAAGAAGACAGUAAUGAAAACUUCGAGUUCGGUGCCAAUAAGUCUUCUACGUCUGAUAAAACUGUUUUGCAAAAUUCGGUGUUGAAAUCGAAGCUUGAUUUCCUCGGCGAAACUCUGAAAGCGAACAUAAACGCGCUCAAGAAGUACAGGAAGUUAGACGUAGUUUUUUUAAUUGACAAUUCGUGGACCGUCGGCGAGCAAAAUUUUCAAAGUGAAUUGACGUUUGUGAAAAAGAUCCUCAGCGAUAUUUCGGUGGAUUACGAUAGAUCAAGGAUUGCGAUUGUGACAUUCAGUUCAAAAACGAAUUUAGUCAAAAAUGUCGAUCAAAUCUCACGACCUGUUCGAGAAAACAAUAAGUGUUUGUUUUUAAAUAAAGAAUUGAAUCAAAUAAAUUUCACUGGAGGUGGAACGUACACACUUGGGGCCUUCAGAUUAGCAAAGGAGAUAUUUGCAAAUAGCAGAAACGACUCCAAAAAGGUUCUCUUUUUGAUAACUGAUGGAUUUUCCAAUGGUGGGAAUCCCAUUCCGGUUGCUAAUGACUUGAAGAAGAAAAAUGUGACCAUAUUUACAAUAGGAGUGAAACAUGGGAAAUAUGAGGAACUUUAUGAACUAUCGAGUUCAUCACCUGGUCACCUUUACAGCUUUCUUGUUGACAGCUUUCAUCAGUUUGAAAGUUUAGCCAGGAGGGCUCUACAUGUUGAUAUAAAAGGUGGAGAGUUUGUAGCAUUGGGGACAGACAUUCCAUGCAAUAAUUUAUGUUCAGAAGGGAAGAACUGCUGCGAUGAAAACGCACUGUGCACGUGUGGCACCUUAACAGGUCACUACACGUGCUUGUGCAAACCUGGCUUUUAUGGAGCCGGAUUUAGAAAUUCGUGUGCUUUGUGUCCUCCAGGAAGUUAUUCUGAUGGAUCAAACCUUUGUUUACCAUGUCCCGACGUCCACCAUAUUUCUCAACCCCCUGCUAUAGGGGUAAAAAGCUGCGUUUGUAAAUCUGGUUACCAAUCAACCAAAGAUAACAAAUGCGAAGUUGUAAAAUGUCCGAAACUGAAACCUCCACAGAAUGGCUAUUUUAUUAAAAAUAAAGGUUGCGGUUCCACUUUGAACACGGCUUGUGGUGUGCGUUGCGCCAUCGGGUAUGUUUUGAAUGGUAGCAGUAUUAGAUUGUGCCAGAAAAAUGGCACAUGGAGUGGACAAGAACCACAAUGCCAAGUGAAAACGUGUCCGCUGUUACUUCCUCCAGCAGAAGGUAUUAUAAAAUGUUUCAACGCUGGUGUAGGAAUAUUACAAAAUGUUUCUGGAACACGUUUUCCUGUCGACAGUACUUGUAAGUUUGAAUGCAAGAAAGGGAGGCUACUAAUCGGUACACCAUUAAGGACUUGUCUCCCUAUAGCAGAAUGGGACGGACUUCCCACAACAUGUAAAAAGGUCAGUUGCAACAAAUUGUCAAAAAUUCCUCAUGGAAGAAUCGAACCUAAAUCAUGCACAACACGAAAACAACCGUAUAGAAAGACAUGCAAGUAUUUCUGUGAUGAAGGCUUUGAAUACGUUGGGCCUAAGGAAAUUACAUGUACAGGAAAGUCAUGGAAUAAGAAGAAACAGUCGACCAUAUGCAAAGAUAAAACUCCACCAACAAUUAUAUGUCCUGAUGAUAUUCAUGGAUAUGCAGUGGAAGGAGCUCGAUUUGGAUUAGUUUCGUGGAAGGAGCCAAUAGCAAAAGAUAAUUCCGGGAUGGAUGUAAAAGUAUGGUUGCACCCUGCUAUAAGGUAUACCAAAAAUGUUAAGUUCAGAAUUGGUGUGACGCAUCUAACAUAUUAUGCCGAAGAUCUGUUCAAAAACGAAGCCAACUGUACAUUUUCCGUUAAAAUAGAAGACAAUCAGCCUCCGUUAGUUGAAAAUUGUUUUGAUCCUCCUCCGUUUUUGACAAACAAAGAUCAAGUGAACAUAACGUGGGAUGAACCAAACUUUUUUGAUAACUCUGGAAUAGUUACGGUUACUAAAUCACUUGAUUUUGGUAUUUUUGGACUGGGAGUAACCCAGGUGAAAUAUAGCGCAGUAGAUCCAUCGAAUAAUACAAACACGUGCACUUUAAACAUUACCGUAGAAAUCUCACAUUGUGAACCCCUUUCUAACCCUGAUAAUGGGAAAAGUAUUUGCGAAACAUCGAAUUCUUCGUUGGUUCCUGGUAUGCAGUGUUUGGUAACUUGUGAAGAUGGUUAUGCGUUACCAUUUGAUAGUAUUAGCGACUCAGUAGGACCUUUAGAUAAUUCGUUAUUCUUAUGUAGUGAUGAUGACCCGUUCUAUUAUUAUUCAUCGGAGAGCAUUGGAUUUCCUGGUUGUACAAUAACAGCAUUCCCAGCUGGUACAUCCCUCGAUGGAAUAAUUAAUGUUGAACCUGAUGAUGAUGAAACAGAUGACAAGUUUUGUGAAGAUGAAGACGAACUAAAUGAGAUGAAAAACGACAUUCAAAACAAUCUAAUUGAAAUAGCUAAAACGACUGCAGAUAUUGAAACAAAUCUUCUAUGUGAAAAGGAUGUUUCAGAAAAAGAGGAGACAACGAACGUAAUAAAAAGGGAAAUUUUAACUGCAACUAGUGUAUCAAAAAAGAAACAAAAAAACAAAAAAGGUAAACGUAAAAUGCGGGUCUAUUUUAAACUAGGAAUCGCUUCCAACAUCAGCCAGUAUGACACAGAAAGCUUCAACGAGAAGUUGAAAAAUAUGAAAAUAAUUGGAAAAAAGCGUUUUAAAAUUUUUGGCAUAAAUUUGGAAAAAAGGAUUAUAUGUCCACAAGGAUUUAUGAGAAGAAAGCAUAAAUGUGUAAAAUGUCCGUUAGGAACAUUCAAAAACAGCACCCGCAAUGCCUGUCAGAAUUGUCCCAUUGGUACAUACAAUGAUGAGCUCGGACAAACUGACUGCAAAAAGUGUCCUUUAAACUAUUCAACGAAAAAGUUUCGAUCAAAGAUUCCUACUGACUGCAAGGAACAUUGUCCACCGGGAAUGAUGGCAAGAAAGAAAUUAGUUCGAUCGUCAAAACGCAAUUCUAAUGCAACUGUUGAACAUGUAACUCUAAUGCCCUAUUGCCGUUCCUGCCCUCAGGGCUCUUAUCAGCCCGAUUAUGGUCAAACCAAAUGCCUCCCAUGUCCAGAAUAUUUCACGACGUACUCUUCAAGAGCUGAUUCUGAGAAAAAGUGCGUGCCAACGUCUGAAAAGAUUUGUCAGAGCGAUCCAAAUGUUUGCAAUGGAGGGAAAUGUAUAGUCGUAAAUGAAUUUUUGUACAAUUGCAAAUGUCCCAGUGGAGCUAUAGGAUCAAACUGUGAAAAAAGAAUUAACAGCUGCGACUCAAAUCCUUGCCUCAACGGUGGCCACUGUUUUACUGGAACUGAGGAAGACGUUGAUGGUUACGUGUGCCGGUGUCCCGAAGGAUAUUCGGGAAGUAAUUGCGAAGAAGUUGAAGAAAGAUGCAACAAAACUUGUUAUAACAAUGGUACAUGUUUCAUAUCGGAAGAUGGAGAAGAAUUCUGUCUUUGUCCACCAGGAUUCGCUGGUGAUGCCUGCCAAUUAAACUUUAGAUAUUGCAGGGAAGGUCUUUGUGAAAACAACGCAAGUUGCGUGGAAGAAUAUCAAAGUUUCAGAUGCGUAUGCAAAGAUGGCUUUUUAGGAAAACGUUGUAAUAUUCUGCCAUGUGAUUAUAGACCUUGUGAAUCCAACGAAAUAUGUGUUAAUAUAAUGGAGGUCAACGCAAAUCCCUUGAGCUAUAGAUGCAAAUGUCCUGUUGGAUAUGAGGGUCAAAAUUGUCUCGGAAAGAAAGAUUAUUGUCUAGACAAACCUUGCCAAAACGGCGGCACUUGUGUUUCACUUGAAGAAAGCUAUCAUUGCAUCUGUGGCAAAAUAUUUACCGGACAAUGGUGCGAAAUACAAAUGGAAAGUAAUUAUGUCAUGCAUUUUCAUUAUCCAGUGACAACGGAUUACGUAGGUCUGCCUGGAUUUUCUAACAACUUAACGCAAGUAUCUGUAUCUCUUUGGAUUAAAACCUCAGACGAAUUUAAUUACGGUACGAUUUUUUCGUAUGCUACCAAAACGUUUGAUAACGCCUUUACUGCAAUGGAUUAUUCAGGUUUGGUUUUAUACAUAAAUAAUCAAUAUGCUAUUACGGAUGUUAAUCUCAGUGAUGGUGCUUGGCACUUUGUCUGUAUCACGUGGAACAAUAGCGGAGCUUAUAAUGUUUUUGUGGACGGCGUUAAUGUGAAAAAGGGAGUAAACUUGGCAAAAGGAGCUAGCAUUGAAGGAAAUGGAAUAAUGAUUGUUGGACAGGAGCAAGAUGCAUUCGGCGGAAUGUUUAGUCAAACGGAAGCAUUUGUUGGGAGAAUAAACUCUUUGAACUUUUGGCAGAAACAGUUAUUUUCUUCGGAAAUAAACGAAAUAAUGACUUCAUGUGAUAAAAAUAUUUACGGAGACCUCUACAGUUGGGCAGAAAUGAAAAGUUCAAUACGAGGAACCAUAAAGAUUGAAAAUUCAACAUUUUGUUCGGACUGUCCCACGCCUCCGCCAUUACUCAAUGGUGUUAUUAAAAUCAGGGAUAACCGCGCCUUCUACGAAUGCAAUUCUGGUUUUGUACUUUCUCCGAAAACAUAUUUAGGUGGAAGAAAGUGUUUGAAACCCCAGCAGUGGGAGGGUAAAAUAACGCCGACGUGCAAAAAGGUGUAUUGCGGUUAUCCUGGCUAUCUUCAAAACGGAAGAGUUAUUGGAAAAAGAUUUUCUUAUAGUGAUAAGGUCAUUUAUUGGUGUUUAUAUGGGUACAUCUUAUUGGGUAAAAAUGAAAGCAUUUGUACAGAAAACGGAACUUGGUCUUCUGCAAUGCCAUAUUGUAUAGGUAAGUCUGAUUGCAAAGAAAUCGAUAAGCCGGAAGGUGCCAAUGUUACCAUAAUUUCUGAAGAAUCUUACGAAUUUUGCGAAAGGAAGUCGUUUGAACCGGGAGUAAAAAUUGAAAUUACUUGCAACAAUAACACCAUACUAAAAGGAGAAAGUAUUUUGACUUGUUUAGAAAACGGGACUUGGGAUUAUUUACCUCCUAAAUGUGAAGAAAUCCCGAAGGUGGUUAAACCAAAAACAUGUUCUAUCGAUUAUGUGCCACCAGCUCCUCGUAAUGGGCUUAUGAUAACGGAAUCUGUAGAAAAUUAUCAUAGCGGAUUUUAUAAAAGCGUUUACUAUAAAUGCCGCCAUGGGUUCAAAAUGUUGGGAAGUAAUUACACAACAUGUAUAACUGAAGGCUAUUGGACCCCACUCAACAUGACUUGCCAACCUGUUGAAUGUGGCCAGCCCCCAACAUACCCCAAAAUGAAGCUAAAAUCUACGGAUCCGUCAAAUUUUGUUUUUGGAAAAACAGUAUCUUACGAUUGCCAGGAGGGCUACAAACCUUUUGGUAACACCGCCAUUCGUUGUCUGGCGACUACAAAAUGGACAAAAAUGCCAGGAAGUUGUGUCAAAAUUUCUUGUUACAAACCUAACGUGUCUGACCUUACUUCUAUAGAAGGAAAUUCCUAUUUGUAUCAAGAUCAUGUCACCCUGACGUGUCCAAGUGGGAAAAAAUACGACAUAAUAUGCAGUGGUAGUGGAAAGUGGGUGGGAGAUAGGGGAAGUGAUUGUUAAUAUUUAUAAAAAUACAUUUACAUGCAUUUAUUUAAAUUGAGCUUUCUUCAGAAAAUUCUUAUAUGAAAUAAACACAUAAUUUAAG